AAUCAAAGCCAACAAUUCACCAAUAUAUAUAUAUAUAUAUAUCAUCUUCUAUACAACAGUAAACAGCACUUGUCAAGUUUACACCGAUCGAUCGUUUUUUAAAUCAGUUACUAGUAAGUUUAAAAAAAAUAAGAUGUGAAUAUCAAAGACAGUCCAACUCUGCUUCUCCUACACUUCAAAGGUCAAAUCAAUGGAUAGGAUGGGCUGUUCUUCACUAAACCAUUGCCUUUUGGAUCCCCUACAAACACCUUCUCAUUUUGUUGCUCUGGAGUUGGCACAAGAAUUACAGGGGGAGGAUGGGGAGCUUGCGGUCGCAGGAAGGAGGUCAGAUGGAGACGUUUCUCACAUCUUCACACCCUGUCAUGAUAGAACUCAACAGAUUGGAGAACAAACUCAGAGACAAGGAGAGGGAGCUGGGAGUUGCCAACAAUGAAAUAAAGGCCUUAAAAAUGAUGGAACUAAUGAAAGAUAAAGCUAUGUCAGAGAAAAGCAAUGAUCUGUUGAAAUCAGAUGAGAAGCUUAGAACAACUGAAAAACAGUUGGAAGACAAGAAUCUAGAAAUCAAGAAACUGAGAAACGAGAAGAAAGAAGCAUUGGCUGCACAAUUUGCUGCUGAAGCAGCUCUAAGAAGAGUUCAUGCAACUCCAAAGGAUGCGGAAGCUGUCCCGGUUGAGGAUGUUGUUGCACCACUACAAUAUGAAAUUAAACUGUACAAAGAUGAGAUCUCAGUGCUCAAAGAAAACAACAAGGUUCUCGACAGAGUAACAAAGUCCAAGGACAUGGCAUUGGUCGAAGCAGAAAAAAUCCUGUGCAGUACUCUGGAACAAGCAUUGAUAGUAGAGAACAUGCGGAAUCAAAAUCUUGAGUUGAAGAGACAAAUAGCAAUCUUGCAGGAGGAAAACAAACUUUCAGAUAAAACUAACCAUCAGAAGGUUGUGGAGGUUCAAAAGCUCACUCAAACUAUUCAGGAACUAGAGGAGUCUCUUUUAGCCGCAAGUGCAGCCACUAACACUCUAUGUGAAUAUCGAUGUCGGGUGUCCCAACUAAAUGAGGAGAAGAAGGCUCUUGAGAGGGAGCUAGCAAAGACCAAAGUGUCCGCAAAUAGAGUGGCCGCAGCGGUAGCAAAUGAGUGGAAGGAUGAAACUGACAAAGUCAUGCCUGCCAAGCAACAGCUGGACGAGCGAAGAUUCUUGCAAGGGGAGGUACAACGGUUACGAGAUAAGCUAGCUGUAUCAGAGAGACCAGUUAAGGCAGAAGCCCAAGUGAAAGAUAGAGCACAGUUGCGGUUAGAAAAUAUGGAGGAAGGCCUAAAACAUGUUCCAAAUUUACCAACAAAACAAGCUGAAGGUUCAAAUAGAGUAAUCAGGGUUAUUUCCCGGAGUAUGGGGCCAAAUAGACGAUCAGUUUCUCAACCAAGGGGUUCCCUCAUUGGGAAUAGAAUCUUUACACAGCAACAAGCAAAUUCAGCAUUCGAAGGGGCUGACAGCACCAUGAACAUGAAGCGAGCAAACAUACCCGUUAUGAAUCAUGUUACUGGAAAGAACAUGGUCAGAAAGACUUUAUCAGUUCCUAGAAGUAAAUUCUCUGAUGAUUAUGGUAAAGAAAAUACAAGGGUAAAGGCCAAUUCUGCCUGCAGUGAUGAGGAGAUUAUCUUCAAAGAAGUGGAGGUUUCAGGAGAAGUUGAAGCCAACAAAUGCACCGAUGUUAAUUCACAAAAUACAGGUACCACAGAAACUGUUUCAGGUUUUCUUUAUGACAGGCUCCAAAAGGAAGUAAUCUGUUUACGGAAGUCACAAGAAUUGAAGGAAGGGGAGCUGCAGGCAAAGGAUGAUGAGAUUAAGAUGCUUCUCAGAAAGGUUGAUGCGCUAACAAAGGUGAUAAAAGCGGAUUCUAAGAAUAUGAAGAGAGAAUUGGCAUCUAGAGGACAAGAAUUACUAGUUGUCAAGUCAGAUAAUAUCAAACAGAAGAAUAGAAGCGCGAGCAACUCUAAAAGAUCAAUCAAACUUCCAGAUGUGUCCCCGAGUUCAAGAGGUGCUUAACAUGCAAUUCCAGACUCUACUCAGCAGUCCCACCUGAUGAAUUAAUUUUGUACAGCUUGGAGUCAAUGAAUGUUGCUGAUUAAGCUUCUUGUUUUUUUUUGCUCUCAUAGAAAAUAAUAUGCAAAUUUGCACUCAAGCACAGGACAAUCGAUUUGUAAGAAUGGAAUGAAAGCUGAUACUAAUUGAAAUGUUUGCC